GCUCCGUGAAUGACACGAAUCAGUGGGAAGCUCUAGGCUUUAGUGUGCUCGCCUUCUCUCUCUGUGUUUUGUAGUUAGUUUGUAGCGGGUAGAAAGCACCUGUAGUUUUUUCUCUAUUCGGAUCGAUCUGAUAAUUGAUAGAAUUUCCACCACAGUGAAUAGCUUUUUAGAGGAAUUUCCCGGCUGUAAUAGAAAAUGUGAAUCCAUUACACCUGCUCUACACGAUGUAAAUUUGCACAGUUGUCGUUUCACGUUUAGUCUCUCAGCGUGGUCAAGUGUUCAAAUGUGGAAAUGUGUUAAGAAAACUUGUUUUCUUGUGCUGCGAUUUGUCUAAGCGGAAGAUUAGCCAAUAGCGAAAGUCUAACUCGGAGGACGGCACUUCUCGAGCGACGAUUUUUUCACUACUCACUAGUCCGUAACUUCGUCUUCGAUCGACUGCAUCGAUUGCGAUAGUCGAAAGUGUCAUGUGCAAUACAUACUGCUCGGGAGAAAUAAUAAACAAACAAGUGUCGAGCCUCUCGAAUCCACAUCGCGUUAUGUGCUGUGCAAUGUCAUUUCGCUAGUCUACACUCGAUUCAGCCUGUUAAUAGUGGAAGCCGCUUCGAAAGUGAACGCCGAGAGUCUCAACGCAUAAGUGGAGUGAAAAAUAAAUAAGAACCGACUCUCGUGUACGAAAAAAAAAUUGUUUAAUCUUUGCAUCACCCGUGCCGGGCUGACGUGCGCAUAGGUUUAUUUAUCCACUCUAUACAUAGUGUAUUACCGCGUGGGGCUCACAAUAUCCCACCUCAACUAGGUGGCAGAUCGAAUCCGCGGAAUCGGUCAGCAAGCAAACCGGCUGCAGGAUGGUGCAAUGGACCCUGGUUUGGGCCGGCGUCGGAGUCCUAACGGCCGUUUGCGGCGCUCUGCUCGGAUUGAUUGUCUUUCCUGGGGCGGUUCAUGACAAAAUUAUCGAGAACACGGAACUACGCCAGGGAACGCCACAGUUUAAACGCUGGGAAACGCUACCUCAACCGCUAGACUUUAAGGUAUAUAUUUUCAAUGUCACGAACCCGUACGAGGUGCAGAUGGGACGCCGCCCGCGGGUCGUCGAAAUUGGUCCGUAUGUGUACUUUGAAUACCGCCGAAAGGACAACAUUCGGUUCAGCAGAGACCGAUCGAAGGUGCAUUUUUCUCAGCAGCAAAUAUACGUGUUCGAUGCUGAAUCAUCCUAUCCGCUAACGGAGAACGAUCCCCUGACGGUGCUUAAUAUGCCUAUGAAUAGUAUAUUACAAAUAAUCGAUACCCAAGCAAAGGAAACAAUCACGAACUUUCGGUCAGAUGUUAACAAUACUCUCGAAAAAAUCCCAGUAGUUAGAGUUAUCAAAAGAAUAAUAGAGCGAACGACGCCGAUCCAAUCGAUCCUACAAAUCGCCGAAGACGAAACGUACGACAGCCUGCGGCUGAUCAACGUCGAACUGAAUCGGAUAUUCGGUCGACCGGAUACCAUGUUCCUGAGGACAACACCAAAGGAGUUCCUCUUCGAUGGAGUACCAUUCUGCGUCAACGUGAUCGGAAUCGCAAAAGCCAUCUGCAAGGAGAUCGAGAAGCGCAACACCAAAACCAUCCGCGUAAUGCCGGACGGAUCGAUGAAGUUCUCCUUUUUCCAUCAUAAAAAUAUGACCGACGAUGGCGUCUAUACGAUCAACACCGGGAUCAAGGAUCCACUGCAGACGCACAUGAUCGACUCCUGGAAUGGGCGCAGUACGCUGGACCGAUGGAGCAAUCGAUCGCAGGGGUCUACGGCAGCAUGCAACAGGAUUCAUGGCACUGACGGAUCCGGUUAUCCACCAUUCCGAUCAGGCGUCCAGAAGAUGACCAUCUUUAGCUCCGAUAUUUGCAGAACUGUAGACAUCAGAUACGUGGAACCAUCCAGCUACGAGGGUAUACCAGCCCUGCGGUAUAUCACGGAUUCCAACUUUAUGAACGAAAUUGGUCCAGAGUACGGUAACGAUUGCUACUGUGUCAACCGAAUACCGAAGGCGCUGGUUAAAAGUAACGGAUGCCUGUAUAAGGGCGCGCUGGAUCUGUCGACCUGUUUCGAUGCCCCCGUGGUCCUGACGCUUCCCCACAUGAUGGGUGCCGAUGAGCAAUACAGCAGUCUGAUUGAAGGAUUACAUCCCGAUCCAGAGAAGCAUCAAAUCUUCGUAGAUGUAGAACCGUUCACCGGAACACCGCUCAACGGUGGCAAACGGGUCCAGUUCAACAUGUUCCUCCGGCGGAUCGACUCGAUACGGCUAACCGAUCGGCUGCAGACGACGCUCUUUCCGGUGCUCUGGAUCGAGGAAGGUAUCGCCCUCAACGACGACAUGGUCAAACUGAUCGACGACAGUCUGAUGAAGAUUCUUACCCUGCUGGACAUCAUCCAGUGGAGCAUGAUCGGGGUUGGCCUGGUGCUGGCGAUUGUGAUGCCGAUCGUGUACUUCGCCAAGCGGAAACCGGCCACGUCGGGCACGGUGACGCCGAGCAUGACGACGACAACUAGCGCGGCCAGCCUUCCCGACAACCGACAGAUCAAAUGACCCCCGCUUGUGAUGACCUAUCUGGACUGAUACGACUGAACUGAGUGAGCGGGUGAAUAAAUGAGUGAGUGAGUGAGUGAGUGAGUGAACGAGCGAUUCAAGUGCCAAUGCUGACCAGAGGACACGCCACGGCUGGGUCCACCUAAGUGCAUUUUAGUGCAAACUAAGUCAAACUGUUUCCGUCCGAAAUGAAUUGAACUGUUGUUUUAAUUGUUUUUUUGAGACAGUAGAAUAGCUUACGUUAUGUGAUGAAUAAAUUGUGUUUUAAUAA